CUUCAUUUCUCUAGCUACCCACAUCGAUCGCUCCAUCUUCAUCUUUGUGCUGCUGCUGCUGCUACUGCAACAACGACGCCAACAACAAUGGCUGCCGGUGCCGCAGCAGCGAUCAGCUCGGAGCAGAUGAGCGAGUUCCGGGAGGCCUUCGCCUUCUUCGACAAGGACGGGGACGGCUGCAUCACGGCGGAGGAGCUGUCCACGGUCAUCCGGUCCCUGGGCCAGACCCCGACGCCCGAGGAGCUGCGGGACAUGGUGCGCGACGUGGACGCCGACGGCAACGGCACCAUCGAGUUCGCCGAGUUCCUCGCGCUCAUGUCACGCAAGGCCGACGCCGACGCGGACGCCAGCGACCCCGAGGAGGAGCUCCGGGAGGCCUUCAGGGUCUUCGACAAGGACCGCGACGGCCACAUCUCCAAGGCCGAGCUGCGGCACGUCAUGAUCAGCCUCGGCGAGAAGCUCACCGACGAGGAGGUGGAGGAGAUGAUCCAGGAGGCCGACCUCGACGGCGACGGCCUCGUCAACUUCGACGAGUUCGUCAGGAUGAUGAUGCUCUCCGAGUCCGAUCAGCAGCAGCACUGAGAUAUAUUAGUUCGUUCAUUUCCCCGAUCAGCAGCAGCACCUGACGGCCGGCCUCGUCGCCGUCAUUAAUUCAACAGCGGCCACGGCGAGUCAAUCCAGCUGUGUAUGUCUCAGCUAGCUGCUCCAUUCCUUCAGUUGAUGCCGGCAUGAAUUCUGCCGGAGUUUUCAUUUACUCAGUAACUGAACUAUAAGUAUGGAAGUAUGGAUCGGUAACUGAUACUCGUGAACUAAAUGAUGUGACUGAUCAUCAGAAAAGUCUCUUCGGUGUGUUGUAUCUCUACUUGUUCUGGCGGCCGUAAUGGCCGUAGCAGCUCACGGUCGCCUUCCCUGGUAGUCGCUGCCUUCCGUUGAAGCUGGCAGGGCAGCCGCGCGACCACGGCAACCCGCCUAGCCGGCGGUUUCUCGGUUGUUGCCGUUGCCGUUGCGUUGUCGAGAGCGGAGUCCUUCGGCAGCCGCGUGGCCGAUGAAAGACUGUUAAAGUAGUCGCGUGGCAGCUUCCCA